AUGGUAUUUAUAAAUAUUUAUUAUUUUUAGAUGUUCCCUCGUUUUAUUGAAGAAUCCUAUAACUAUUUACAUUAAAAGUAAUUCUUGAAAUAAAAUAUCAAACCAAACAUUUUCGUUGAUUUACUCUUAUUGAUCAAUACUUCUGGGUAUUUCAAUAUUUAUAAAUUACAAAAUAAAGACUUUGAAGCUAAGUUAUUCAGUAUUAUUAAUGAAUCCAAAUGUUUAAUCUCAGAAUCAGAAAAAUCUAUUCAUUCUUUAUUUUCCUAAUAUCAAAAGUAAAUUAAUGACACCUUUAUUCCUUAAAAAAAAUUUCCUAUUCUCUAAAUAGAUAAGUCUAAAAUCAUUUAAAUAGAUGCCAUUCAAAGCAGUAUUCAUUAAAACUCAUUCAUGUAAAGAAGUACUUAAUCAUAAAAAACUGAUAUUGGUAAUGAAAAUAAAUAGGUUAUUAAUAUACUUACAAUAAAAGCUCAUAAAAUAAAUCCAAUUUCUAAGUCUUAUAUUUAAAAUGAUGUUACUACUUAAAUGAUCUUGAAAUAUCCAAAAAAGUCUUUGUCAAAAUUAAAAAAAACCUUAGCUGAUCAAUUAUUAAAAUUAGCACCUGAAACAAUAAUGGAUUAGAAACCCAUUUAAACAUCUCAAAUGUUGAGUGUAAGAUAAAGCAAGCGUAUUUUUAACACUGAAGAAAUGGGUUAUGUAAGUAUGUAUAGGACUAAAACUUACAACAUGUACUGA